UCGGAUGCGUGGCUGUCCGCCCGCUGACGCCGAAACUGGGUGCGGCGCCGGCGCCUUCCCUGACGCGAAGAGCACAUGUUGUGAGAUGGAGCGGCUGUAUGUCUCGCCGGAGGCGCGAAGUAUGAGGUUGGGAAGAGCAUUGAUAGAUGCGAUUGUGCAACGAGCCCGGGAGCUGGGGUAUCCAGUUGUAUAGGCGGGUGGGCUUCGUCAAGAUAGGUCCUUAUUACCAGGCACCAUUGGAAGGGACACUGUUUCUUGGGUUGGAUCUCUCAUUAUUCUCUGCUUUUCAUUGCAAUGCUCACCAAUGCUACACGGUCUGCGGCAAGAAUUGCCAGCAUGUAGGCUGUGCU